GAUAGCGUGAGGCCUGGCGAGUCGCAGGAUGAGGUGACUUUGCCAGUCAGGACUCGGGUGAAGGAGCGGAUCGUGCCUCACUACUCCCCAGUGCUACUUCCGGGAACGUCGAAAUGCCGGCAAUUUGAGUUCCAUCCUCUGAAGCCUGACAUCAUGUUGGUGGGGGACAAGGAUGGCCGGGUGAAGAUCGUGAAUACAGGUACUCAUGAGCGUCGAGCUCGACCUGCGACUCAGGUGGACAACUGCGCUCUGCUCGGGCUGUCCUGGUUGCGGCACGCUCCCAACAUUGCAGUCUGUGGAGGAUCAACUUCCGGAUCGAUUCAGUUCCUCAGGUAUAUCCCAGAUGCGAGGCCGGGAUCCCCCGCGUUGGCGAGGGCCGCCACCGUGCAGGAGAAGUUCAUUCCGAAGCUGUCGUCCUUAAGCGUGAACUGCUCCGACAACUUCCUCCUGGCAUCGGGGAUCUCAUCUUCCAUCCGCAUCUUCGAUAUAGAGACAGGCAAAGUCACCAGCAGAGGGAGCGACGUGCACGAGCACUUCAUCAACAUCAGUAGAUUCUGCAAUACCUCGCCACACAUCUUUGCAACAGCCUCCUUCGACCACACCUGCAAGAUAUGGGACCUCCGGCGUCCGCUGAAACGGCAGAAUCCUUUGAAGACCCUCCGGACCGGCGGCCACAACGUUAUGGGCACCUUUUCGCCAGAUGACAGGCUAUUCCUGUGCAGCGGGCUUGACACGCGACUUUGGCAGUUCGAGGUGGGCACUUGGACGCAAACUUCUCCCAUUGCGCUACGCAGCCCUCUACACAAAGAGCGCUAUCGCCGGGCCGCCUAUCUUGCGAACAGCAAGUACUUCGUCACAGGAUCCACAGAGGAAUCGCACAUCCACCUCUUCUCUGUUCAUGGCAAGAAGAUUGGCUGCGUCGACCUGCGAGGUAUGCUUCAGGUCCGUGCCUCGCCGCUGCGCAGCUACACAGAGCCCAUCCGUGGGACGGUAUGCCUCGAGGAUGCCGACCCUCAAAGUGGGUCAAGCCGCCUUGGCCACGAAUAUGUCCAGUCGCUUCGAACACAUCCGGUCAUUGAGAAUCGUGUCGGGGUGCUGAUGGCCAUGCCUCAGGCUGUUGAGUCGCACAUCGUUCUCUUGGACCUGGACUGCCAAGAGGUUGAAGCGUGA